UUAUGUUAUCAAUUUAAUGAAAAUUACGCGUAAAAAAAGUCCAAUGAUAUUAAAACCUUAUUUGAUUAAAAUAUUAACAGAAUGGUAGAAGAUCCUUCGAUUCAACAUUUGAUCUCAUGGGCUCCUUCUGGUGACGUUUUCAGUGUUUCUAAUCCAACCGAAUUUUCAAAAUCGGUCUUACCGCAGUAUUUUAAACAUAAUAAUUGGCAAAGUUUUGUCAGACAAUUAAAUAUGUAUGGAUUUCAUAAAGUGAAUGAUAUGUUUCAUGCAAAUCCAACAAGUGAAAGUCAAGCUUGGGAAUUUAAACAUCCAGAUUUUCGUCGUGGGCAACUAUUAGCUUUACAAAAUAUUAAACGUAAAAGUUCAAAACCUGCCAAUCCUAGUAAUAUGAAAGGGAAUUUAGGUAGUUCUGGUACAGGUCAGAGUCCUUCAGCUGAUACUGAUACGCGUGAUGAUAGAAUUGAUUGUUUAACAACACAAAUGUCUGAAAUGAUGGAUAGAAUGCGUCAAAUGAAUGAAAGUUAUAGUUUAUUAUAUGCUGAAACUGUUUCUUGUAGAAUGUUACAAUCAAAACAUCAACAGGUACAUUCAAUUAUUUUUAUAUAGACCCAAAGAGAUUCUUGAGAUGAAAAUAUUAUUUAUACAUAAUUUAUUUUAUAGGUGAUCACUGCUAUUACAAAUCUUUUAGCUUCAAUGUCUAGAGAAGGUAAUUUAUUAAAGAUUUUUUAUAUCGUUUUAUAUGAUCGUUUUUUUUUUUUAACAACUUAAUU